UAUUUGGAAAGGAAGAAAUUGUGUGUGCCGAGUCAGGCGAUCCUAGUCCCAUCAAAGACCCCUAACCCCACCGCUUCGCUGGGGAAACCGGGCUGGCGGCGUCGGGGACUAAUGGGGGAGUACGCAGCGGUGAAGACGUCGGUGUGGUGGGACAUCGAGAACUGUCAUGUGCCCCGCUGCUGCGACCCCCACCUCAUCGCCCAGAAAAUGAGCUCCGCCGUCGCCGCCGCUGGCUACACCGGCCCCAUCACCAUCUCAGCCUACGGGGACCCCAACUGCGUCCCUAAACACGUCCAGCACGCCCUCUCCAGCACCGGCAUCGCGCUCAACCACGUCCCCGCAGGUAUUAAAGAUGCAAGUGAUAAAAAGAUCUUAGUUGACAUGUUAAUCUGGGCUAUUGACAAUCCUCCACCGGCAAAUUAUUUGCUAAUUUCUGGUGAUCGGGACUUCUCGAAUGCCCUUCAUAAGCUAGUGAUGAGGCGGUACAAUAUUCUACUAGCACAACCUCCAAAUGUGUCUCAAGCGCUUACUGCUGCAGCAAAACAUGUUUGGCUAUGGAAAGACCUCGUGGCUGGGGAACCACCAUUGGCAGAGUCCCCAUACAUAAGUAGCAUAACAAAUGGCAGUGUGGACCAUUCAAAUGCAUCGAAGAACAUGGAUUCAGAUUCUUCAGUUGCAACUCCACAUAGCAGUACUCAAGGACAGAAUAGCAUACCGUGUGAUCAGCAAAAAGGUGGUAACAGCAAGGCAGACAAACAAUCUAAAGUUAGGCAACCUCGGAAAAACCAGUCAGAUGAAGCUUCAGUUGAUGGGCUACCUGGUAGUCCUAAAGGAAGCACUGCUCCCGAGCCAAAUCAAUCUCAGCCUUCAUCAUCCUCACUACCAAGUUCUGAUUUGCAAGAUGAGGGUGGGGCACAGGUGGUUCAGCUGAAUACACAAAAAAACCAGCCAUCUUCCCAGCCCAAAAAGCCUGUAAAAUCCACUCUUUCCCAUCAAAAGAGUGUUCCUCAUGACUUUUACCAUGGUAAGAAGCCUGGUGCGUCAACUGACUCUUCAUCUAAAAACGGUGCUCCUGAAGUGACUAACAAUGGUCGUCCAAGACAACAGAAACCCCAAUCCUCAAAGCAACCAAGACAACAGAAACCAGUGAACCAUCGUCCUCAUGGUGGAUCAUCUGGCAAUUUUCAAUCAUCAAACUCACAUAGAAGCAACUCAUGUCCAGCUCUAGCUGGGCAUAAUGGUAUUCCUACUGCACCAAUGCAAUUCUGGCCAAGCGGCCCACAUUAUCAUGGACCACCAAUCAAUUAUCCUGAUACGGAUCGGUUGAAUAUUUCUGAAUACCCUAGUGGUAUUCAUAAUAACCAAGGUUUGCAUGCCAACUACCAUCCAAACCAUCCUGGUGCCCAUCAUAUCAUUCAACCUGGUUACAAUGGUUAUAGCUACAGACCUCCAACUCGACCUAACAUGCCUAGCAACAUGCAAAAUAUUGGACACUGGGGAGCCAACCCGGGAUGUCCACAGCCAUCUUCAGAUCCUCAAGAUCUUGUAAGAUAUAUCUUAGGUGCUUUGGAAGUUCUGAAGACUGAGAAGAUUCCCCCAACAGAACAAUAUAUAACAGACUGUAUAUGUUAUGGUGAUGCUAAUCUACCAAAAUUUGAUGUUAAGAAGGCACUUCAGGUUGCCAUGCAGCAUCAAGCUGUUGUCAAGAAAAAGUUAGGGAAAAUGUCAUUAUUUCUGAGAAAAGACGAAGAUCUCUGGAAAUGUGUUAAUAUAAUGGAUGAUAAUGCAAAAUACCCAAAAGAAACUCUAGACACUGUUCAUGCUUUCAUGUCUUCUGCUCCAGCCUAUCCUGAGAUAAAGAGUUCUCAAUCUAGGUAUCAAGCUGCUACUAUGUUCAAGAAAACAUGCCUGAAGCAUCUUGCCCUUGCUGAAGUCCUUCAGGUUCUGAAUGUCAUAAUCAACACAAAAAAGUGGUUGGUGCCCCAUUCUUCAGGUUGGCAGCCGUUGUCGUUUAACAUAAUAGUGGCUGAUGCUACUACUGCCGCUAGUGAAAAAGCUUAGCAUUGGUACAUUAUCUUCUUGUAUCAAUUGAACAUUUUGUGGUCCUGGUGUAUCCUACCUAGCACAAUGCUCUGCAUUUUGCCAAGUUGGGGAUUAAGUAGUUUUACACACAAGAUAUCUUAGCAAGAGUGAAACAGUAGGUAGCCUUAACCUGUUACAUUUUAGUUGGACUCACUGUGCCAACUAUCGGUAAUGUUAAAAGAACUCCACCCGUAGCCCUGGCUGUGGUUAUUCCUAUCGGUAAUAGUUGUGGUGGUAAGAUGAUUAUGCAAUCAAGGCAUAAAGCGGUUCAGAAGGACUAUGGCAUUUUGUUCAGGCAGUACGCAGUACAGUGAUGCCUGAUGCUGGUGGUUAUGAUCUGCUCUCAUUGUACCCAGAUGGCUUAAAAGGCUUCCAUGAAAUAUGAGUUGACAUCGAGGAAAUUUUCUGUAGUAUUGGUAUAGUUUCAUAGCUGUUGCUACUGAUUGAAGACUCGAGCUAUUCAUAUUGUAUUCCCAGUUUCUACUUGCAGCAAGUAUGGCUGUGAAGUUAAGUGUAUCCACUUUUGAAGCAUGACGAGAGAGUCUGAAAUGCAAGCAAACUGCAUUAAAGACAGUCAUGCUGUUGGCUGCAAGGUUACCUAUAGUUUGGUUACCUCUUGUCUCCGUUGGGAAAGGUUUGGAGUUCCAUCUAAAGCACCUUUCAGCAUCUUUGCUCCCAUCUUAGACUGUGGGAUGUUUCCUGUAAUGCUGACAGUUAUCAAACUAUUGUGGUGCUUCUUGUAAAUCUUACUGGUUGCUGAUCCUGCCAA